AUGCUGCUUUCUAGUAUUCUUGCAGUACUACCUCUGCUCGGAGAGCGAGCAUCGGCGCAGCCAACAUCUUCUUUAACACAUAGAGAUGGCACCAAUGACUGGGGAGCCGCUCUCCAAAAGGCGAAAGCUAUGGUUGGCAAGAUGACCCUUGAAGAGAAGGUGAGCUUAACUGGUGGUGUCUCGGCAAAUAAUGGGUGUUCUGGGAACAUCGCCGCCAUAUCCAGACUCAACUUUCCGGGCAUGUGUCUUAGUGAUGCUGGCAACGGACUACGUGCAACAGACGCCGUCAGUGGGUUUCCAAGUGGCAUACACGUUGGAGCAAGCUGGAACAAGGACUUGACCCAGAAGCGAGGUGCUGCAAUGGGUAGGGAAUUUAAGAAGAAAGGCGUGAACGUCCUCCUCGGACCUGUAGUUGGUCCAGCAUGGACGGUUGUCCGAGGCGGUCGAAACUGGGAGGGCUCGUCGGCAGACCCCCACCUCAGCGGCGCACUUGCGGCAGAAACUGUCCAAGGAGUCCAAGGAUCAAACGUCAUAACUAGUACAAAGCAUUAUAUUGGCAAUGAGCAAGAACUCAAUAGAGUCCCCGAUGGAGAUACCGAGGCCGUGUCAACAAAUAUUGAUGACAAGGCUAUGCAUGAGCUCUUCCUGUGGCCGUUCCAAGACACUGUCAAAGCUGGAUCUGCUAACAUCAUGUGUUCUUACCAACGUUUAAAUCAGACAUAUGGUUGCGCGAACGACAAGUCGCUGAAUGGUCUUCUUAAGGGAGAGCUUGGUUUUGAGGGAUUUGUUGUGUCCGAUUGGGGCGCCUUGUACGGAGGACUGGAGUACGCAACUGGCGGGUUGGACAUGGGAAUGCCAGACGCCGGAACUUGGGGAAAGACUCUAAUAAAUGCUGUCAAUAACGGCUCGUUCCCAGAAGCUCGAGUGACCGAUAUGGCCACCAGAAUAAUCGCCGCUUGGUAUCAAGUUGGACAAGACCAAGGUUUCCCAAAACCAGGUAUCGGCAUGCCAAAGAGCGUUAGCAAACCACAUGAUGUAAUUGAAGGUCGUGAUCCAAACGACCUACCUAUCAUUCAACAAGGGGCUAUUGAAGGCCAUGUUCUGGUAAAGAACGACAGAAACACCCUUCCUCUGCAACACCCAAAGAUCGUUUCGAUAUUCGGCUACUCUGCAAACACCCCGCCAAAAUGGACUGCUGCUGAAGAUACGGAUGGAUCAUGGACGACAGGACAAGCUCCUGCACUUGGUCUUCACAACGAUCAGACACCAAUCGGUCCGAAAGGAACUCUGUUCGGCGGCGGUGGCUCUGGUGCGGUUACUCCAGCUUCUUUCACAUCGCCACAGGACGCAUUGGCUGCCAAGGCUGCCAAAGAUGGAUUCACUCUGCACCAAGAUUUAAAUUCCAGUAAGCCGGUUGUCAACUCCGCCUCAGACGCCUGCAUAGUCUUUGGCAACGCAUGGUCAAGUGAGGGUUCUGACCGCCCCGCGUUGCAAGAUGAGUACACAGACACAUUGAUCAAGUCUGUGGCAAGCCAAUGUUCCAAGACCAUAGUUGUGCUUCACAAUGCUGGAGUAAGACUGGUUGACGGAUUUGUCGACCAUCCCAAUGUCACUGCAGUCUUGUUCGCACAUCUUCCUGGCCAGGACAGCGGUAACGCACUGGUUUCCCUGCUCUGGGGAGAAUCUAACCCAUCGGGAAAAAUUCCAUACACUGUGGCGAGGCAAGAAUCUGAUUAUGGCCCUCUGCUUAGCCCUUUUGCACAAAGCGGAAGCAAGUCUCCCCAAGCCGAUUACAACCAAGGAAUUUACACCGAUUACAAGUACUUUGAAAAGAAUCACAUCCAGCCACGGUACGAGUUCGGCUAUGGGCUAAGCUAUACACGCUAUGACUACUCCAAUAUCAAGCUUCAGGGACCAUCUGGCAACUUCCAGAGCCAGUGGCCGCAGGACAAGAUUAGCAUCGGCGGACAAGAAGACCUAUGGGAGACGAUCGCGACUGUUUCUUUUACGCUUGUUAAUGGUGGUCAUGUUGAUGGCGCUGAAGCUGCUCAGCUUUAUGUGCGAAUUCCGGGGCUUCGGGCUAAGCAGCUUCGGGGAUUCGAGAAGCCGUUCCUCAAGGCUGGACAAAAAACCGACGUCACUUUCCAGCUCACUCGGAGGGACCUCAGUGUUUGGAAUACUGAGGCGCAGAAGUGGCAGUUACAGAAGGGCCAGUACGAGAUUUACAUUGGGCGAAGUAGCACCAAGUUGCCUCUGAAGACUUAUUUGACCAUCUGA